AUGGAGACGAACGAUUCUUCUCGCGUGGACUCUGAGUUCCGAUACACCCUCUUCCCGGUGUUCUACAGCAUCAUCUUCGUGGUGGGGGUCAUCGCCAACAGCUACGUGCUGUGGGUCUUCAUCAGCCUGUACCCUUCCAAGAAGCUCAACGAGAUAAAGAUCUUCAUGGUGAACCUCACCAUGGCCGACCUGCUCUUCUUGGUCACCCUGCCCCUGUGGAUCACCUACUACUACCACCAGGGCGACUGGAUCCUCCCCGCGUUCCUGUGCAACCUGACCGGCUGCUUCUUCUUCAUCAACACCUACUGCUCGGUGGCCUUCCUGGCCGUCAUCACUUACAACCGCUUCCAGGCGGUGACCCGGCCCAUCAAGACCGUCCAGGCGACCACCCGGAAGCGCGGCAUCUUGCUGUCCGUCAUCAUCUGGGUGUCCAUCCUGGCCGCCGCCUCCUACUUCUUCAUGCUGGACUCCACCAACGUCGUGCCCGGCAAGGCCGGCUCCAACGUCACCCGCUGCUUUGAGCAUUACGAGAAAGGCAGCAUCCCGGUCCUCAUCAUCCACAUCGUCCUGGUGUUCGCCUUCUUCCUCGUCUUCCUCCUCAUCUUCUUCUGCAACCUCAUCAUCAUCCGCACGCUGCUCCUGCAGCCCGCGCAGCUGCAGCGCAACGCCGAGGUCAAGCGCCGGGCGCUGUGGAUGGUCUGCACGGUGCUGGCCGUGUUCAUCAUCUGCUUCGUGCCGCACCACGUGGUGCAGCUGCCCUGGACCCUGGCCGAGCUGGGCUUCCAGGACAGCGACUUCCACCAGGCCAUCAACGACGCGCACCAGGUCACCCUCUGCCUCCUCAGCACCAACUGCGUCUUAGACCCCAUCAUCUACUGCUUCCUCACCAAGAAGUUCCGCAAGCACCUGACCGAGAAGUUCCACAGCAUGCGCAGCAGCCGGAAGUGCCCCCUCACCACCAUGGACACGGGCACCGAGGUGGUCCUGCCGCUCAACCACGUGCCUGCCAACUCCCUCAAAAAUUAG